AUGGACUACAGGGAUGAGGUUGAGCGGCUAUCGGAGUGGUGCAGAACUAACAACUUGCUCCUAAAUACUGCGAAAACAAAGGAACUGGUUGUCGAUUUUAGGAGAAAUAAGACCGACAUUGAGCCACUCAUGAUUGAUGGAACGAAUGUGGAGAGGGUUUCGGUGUUUAAAUUCCUAGGAAUGGAGUUGGAGGAUGAUCUGACUUGGAUUUCUACUGUUUCCUUUUCCUUGCAGUGUGAGACACAACUGGGAAUCGAUGAAGAGCUGAUAAAACAGCUAAAGGCCAAGUUCUAUAGAGAAGUGCGGCUGAACCUACAGAUCAUGGAGAUUCACAUUUCCUUACAGAGGAUAUUUCUGCUGGCUGCUAUUCAAGGUUGGUUCCCAGGCUCAGAGUCUCAAGAUAACUCAGUUCUCCUCCCGGAGUCCAUCCCAGCACUGAGGGGAUCCUGUGUGGAGAUCCCCUGCACAUUCCCCAGGGUGCCUGCAGGCUUCCAACUGAUUUGGUACAGGGAUGAAACUGGAACUGACCCCAUAAUCUUUAAUAACAAAAAUCCAUCCAAUAUACAUGGAGCAUUCAGAGGCCGAACGUUCCUGAUGGGGAAGGAAUCAAACAGCUGCUCCCUGAGGAUUGAUGAUGUGAGAGACAGUGAAACGUAUUAUCCCUGUAUAAAUGGGAAUAUUAACUGUAAUCUGAUCAGAGGAUUUAAUAAAGUCUGGGUUCAGGUCUCAGAUACCCCAGAGAAACCAGUACUAACGCUGCCCCCCAGUCUGACUGAAGGUACCCCUGCCCGUAUCACCUGCUCUGUGCGACACACCUGUACCCACAAUCCCCCUGAGCUCCGGUGGAACAAAGUCGGCUUUGAUAGAACAUUGCAGAGGGAAUACCUUGAGGGAGGAGUCUGGAGAUUUGUACAUGAAAUGGAUUAUAUUCCCACCUAUCAGGAUCACGGCUCUCCCAUUGUAUGUGAAUCUAUAUAUCGCUCAGGGCAAGUCUCACAGGAAACAGCCACCUUAGAUAUCACAUAUCCUCCCAAACAAGUUACAGUUACUAAACUUGAUGGAGAGAAGGAAAUAAAAGAAGGAGAAGAAGUGACUUUACAAUGUACCAGCGAUGCCAACCCUCCCGCUAAUAACUAUACCUGGUACCGCAUUAAUAAAAAAGGAAAGGAGGAGCUAAAGGAACAUGGGGAGGAGAUAACUGUGACUAUAAACUGGGAGAAUGUGAUGUUUUCCUGCUCUGCAAGGAACUGGCUGGGGAAUAAUGAUUCUGCCAUAAUAGAUCUGCGCCUGUUCUUUAAUGCCAAAGUGGUCCAAAUGGGAGGACAACAAGACACCAGAGAAGGAGAAGUCCUGGAACUUGAAUGCGUCUUCUUACUGCCUAAUUUGUCAUCGACCCAGUACAGCUGGUAUAGGAAUAGAAUCCCCUUGAACCAGGGGACACAAAGGACACUGAGAAUAUAUGAUAUUAAGGAAUCUGAUUCUGGGAAUUACAGCUGUAAGGUGCACACCCCAGAUGGAAACUUCUCUUCCCUGUCACUUACUGUUACAAUCACAUCACCCUGGUCUGGAGAGGAGCUGCCUAUGAUACUUGGAGGUGUAGCUGCUGUCAUAUUGAUCAUGCUUAUAGGCCUUGUCCUGUAUAUCUUUGUUAGGUCAAGAAAAUCACAGAAAUCAGCUACUUCGGGAAAAAGAAGAGCAGAGACAGUUGUCCAGGAACGCAUUAAUCCAGUGUAUGGGAACAUAGAGCCACAGAGCCUUUAUUGCAACGUUACAGUAAAUGAAGAUAUUCCCAGGAACAGCACUGAGAGAACCUACGUCAGUCCCAUGGAGGGAGAAGAUAUGUACGCACAACCCAAUAAGCAAAGAGGGGUCCAUUACUCUUCAAUCAGACACGUGCCAAGAACUCAAACUGCUAAAGAGUCGGAACAUGAAGAAAUAGAAUAUGCCAGUAUACAGCAUUAGUUACAUUUAUCCGGGAAAGUGUUGUGUUCAUUUGCUUUUGUCAAUUAUAACUUCAUCCAUUCACUUGUUGCUGGGAUAUUACUAGAGGAAACACUAUGGCAUCAUUAAAUGCCUCUACCAACCCCAAAUAUCUAUAGUCAGGGGUCUACAGCCUCCAUCAUCUGAGAGUUGUUAUGGAGGAUAAAAUGGACCAAAGAGACAACUGGGAACCCUUCAAUAUCAGAUCCCUACACCCAUAGGAAGUGAGGGUCAGCCAUUUAUCUUUAUAUAAGCAAAAUUACAGAACACUGAGCCAAUUAAACAUGACUUAAGCUACAAUUACUGCCAUAAAAAGGGGUAAUUAUAUCUUAGUUGGGAUCAAGUACAGGUACUGUUUUAUUAUUACAGAGAAAAGGGAAUCAU